GACGAUCAGAGAGCUCAGCACCAUGCGCCGCUUUUGCCAUGCUCUGCUGCCGCUUUCGCAACGCCUGGCACGAUGCACGCCGGCAUGCUGCCUGCUUCUGCCACCGCUCGUGUUUUGCCUUUGUUGCCUGCCUUUUCUGCGUCCGCUGCUCCUGCUGCUUCCGCACCUGCCCUUCUUCCGACCGAUUCUUUGUCUUGUCCUCUGUCCCUUCGCGGGGAUCCAGAGGGCGCUCGGGCCCUCUUUGGGUCCGGGCUGGACGGCCGUGGUCCACCGAUUUCGGACCCGGCGUCCUUUCGUCCACCGCGCCCCGAUUCUUAUGGGCCGGUGGCAGGCCGCGGUGGAGCCUCGCUCCCCGACGAGCCCAUGAGCGAGCACCCGGGUGCACCCCAUGUUUCCGUCGCAACGAUUACCGCGGCGGAUCAUGGUGGUGCUGCCCCCGCCACCGAUAACGGCGGGAGGCUUCCCGGUCCCUGCGCUGUCAGGGCCCUGGUCGAUGAAGCCAUUGGGUCGGAAGCAUCCGCGCGUAUCGCCACCGAUAUUCUGGCGAUCGCGCAGGGUGUGACCAACACCCAAGCCGACCUCGAUAUUCUGAGGAACGGCGUCUCGGACAUUGCUGAAGCACUUGAAGACAAGAUCCGAGAAAUGUGGGAGCUUCUACAGGCCGAGAUGAGGAAGGAGCGUGAACUACACACGAUCUUUCAGGACUCCGUCCGCGAUAGGCGGAUUUCGGACCAUGAAACUCUUGAAGAGCAUUUUGCGAGGCUCAACUCGAUGGUCAACGAUCGAUUCAUUGAGUUUGAUGAGCGGAUUCACCGAUUCAACGAAAAGCGUGCUGGAUCGAUAUCCAUGCAGCUUGCUGAGACGAUCCGCCACAUCAAGCAUUACCCUGAUGCGCUGCAGCAAAUUCAGAUCAAUAUCUCAAAUGCUGAGGCGCGCAUCGCUACGGUUGAGCAGAAUGCUACACACCGUAUCGAGGUCAUUAGAACCGAAAUGAGCCGUGCUCUCUACGAUCAUAAGGAGAGCGCGCGCAGCAACGAGUCGCUGAUGAUCAUCCUCCUGAAAGAAGAUCUCCGAUUCCGACCGUUCCGUCCACAAAUGCCGCCGGAGCGACAUCCGGCCAAGCUCCGAGUGUCAGACCCUUCCCUGUCGAUGAUGAUCUGGCCAUUCGCAGUGGAAAGGGACCUUCGAGAUGGUAUGAUGCAAUGCUUGGCCGAUCCAAUCUCAUUGGCAGCGGUUCUGGUGCACCUGUUCUCCAUAGCGAGACUGGCGGACCGCCGCCCGCGCAUGGCGGUGACGGUGGUUCUUUCGGUGGUGGUGGCCCCAACGAUAACGGGGGUGCAUAUGGUGGUGGUUUUGGUGGACAUGGACACCACGGGUCCGGUUUCGGCCCUGGUGGCGGCGGUGGACCACCCAGUGGCCCGCCCGGCGGCCCGCCUGGUGGUGGUGGCCCUCCUGACGGGAAUGGCCCGCCUGAUGGUGGACUUGAUCCGCCUAGCAUCAGGCCCUCCGGCCGGCCGAGCGGGAAUGAUACUUUCCAGUGCGAGCGCUGCACCGGAACUUUCCCGACCACCGUGCGGCGAUCGUGCAUAUCUUGCCGAUUCCCGUGUUGCAACGGAUGUUGCCGAGAUCUUUGAGAAUCUGUCUCGUGCUAAGAAGGCGAAGUGCAAGUCCUUCCGACUCGAUCCCGAGCCGGAGCCCGCUCAGCUGCGGCGCUGGAUCGUCGACAUGAAGGAGCGAGUUGCAAAUGCAUUCGCAUACGAUCCCGGAUACGCACUCUCGUGGGUUGAGAUUCCCGAUGGUACACGAUAUGAAGACCUUCUUGAUGAGUGCAAGUACGGAAUGCUUGAGAAUGAUCGCAACUCUGCAUUCCGCGAGUGCGUCAAAUCCAUUGCACUAAAGAAUAAGAUCCAGACCGAAACCGAGCGCAUGCAUACGAUAAAUCGGCGACUCGGCAGUAGGCAGAUCUUGUGGUUGUUGUAUGAUUUCCUUCGACCACAUGUCACUGGCGAUUCGACCUUCAAGCUCGUCGAUCUGAUGAAGACCACGAUUGAUCGGUUUGCUCAUGGAUUCGAGCAGGAGAGGCUAGAAGCCUUCUCCAAUCGGUGGGAUCAUGUUCUCGCUGGUAUCUCAGUCGAUCGUCCCGAAGAUCCUGUUCUCUGCGCACUCUUCUAUGAGCAGGUACGUGAGUUCCGCUGUCUCGAGCUCGAUAUGCAAUUGUGGGACAGGGACGUGUCUGUCCGGAACUACGCGUAUUUGCGGACUGUCUGCGUCAAUGCGAUUACAACUUGGCGCCGGCGUCGCAACCAGGAGAAGAUGUACACCGCUACUCGAUCCACCUCUGCGCAAAGACGACUCAAGAAGAGGGAGUCCAUACCGAAGGAGCUCGCCGAGGCGCUCGUCGCCCAGACGAUCCUCCCCGAGGCGCGGUUCGCCGAGGCGAUACUCGCCGCGCAGUCCGGGAAGGGCCGCUCCUGCCCCAACGCGCCGUGCAUCACGAUCUCCACGAGGGCAAUGACAGCAUCCUCCUUUGGAGACUUUGCAUUCGCUUGUGCAGCAUCAUUCGAUAUGGCAUGUCCGUCAGUCAAGCGGAAGACAGUGUCAUUUGGGAACACUGAGACCCGCGUGAUAGAGUCUUCUUUCCCGGAGCCGGCCUUCGGCCCCGUCAAUCGCGAGAGGAAUUUGAGCUAUUCGUGGCCGGAAAAUAUCCGUGGUCUGAAUAGUGCUCGCGAGAGGCGAAGGGCCCAUAUGAAGGCUGUGCUGUGGCGAGAGCAGGUUUUGCUCGAUGACAUUGAUGCCAAAACGUUAGGAAAUGAUGCUUGUGUUCUUGAGCUCACGCUUUCUCAGCGGAGCGCUUGCGAAGUCUUUGCUGCUGCUGUCAAGUCUAUUAAGAGGGAAAGGGAUCUGAUCGUCCAGAAUGCAAAGAUCAGCCUUCGGACCGCCAACGGGAAGACCAACACCAAGGGUGUUGCGCAUAUGCGCAUCGAUGGUCUCGAUGAGCUGAUUGAAGCUUAUGUGUUGGAAAGCACGCCAAGUCUCCUCUCCCUUGGGAAACGAUGUAAGGAGCUUGGUUAUCGAUUCAUUUGGGAGCCCUUUUGCGAUCCGAUAUUCUUUGAUCCGAAAGGGAAACUCCUCAAGGUCGACGUGAUCAAUAAUAUUCCCUACCUUGCUCCAAGUGAGACAGAAGUAGUGGCCGGCCGACCUGAUCUCCCUCGUGUGUAUCCGGCUCUCCCAGCACCGAUUAUCGUCCACGAAAAGGUCGUUGCAGCUGGUGAAGAGCCUGGCAGCGAAUUAGACGCUGUCGGAGAACUUGAUCUCGAUAUGCCCAACGCCAAGAGCGUUCAGAAGAGUGCACCUGACGAUAACAAGAAGGUGCCCGAUGAGGGGGUUGAGAAGUUUGGCGAACACGUUACCAUCGACACAAUGGUGUUGCAUGGGCUCGGCAAUCGCGGGAAUAAUGGGGAGACGGAUGCUGUCGUCUUCUACGAUCUAGCAACCGAGUGGCUGGAGAGCGUUCCCGUCAAGGGAAGAACGAAUGCCGAUACGCUUCGAGCAUUUCAGCAGGUCUUUGGCGAUCUUCGAGAUGUGAACUCGUUCUCCAUGGAUGUGGAGAGGAGGUAUGCACCUUCUGCGAUUCGGGAAAGCUACUGUGAUAAAGCCCGUGAGUUCAUAUCGACCUGCAAGAAAGGUCAGAGUGCCUAUGCGAUGCGAUUUGAUGGUGUUGAGUUUGACGGUCAGAUUCUGCCGUUUGGUUGCCUUGUUGACUUCUAUCCUACGCCGGCACGAAAGCAGACCCGGCGGAGUCAGAGAGAUGAAGUCGUCCUCGGCGAUGGUGAGGAGUACGCCGUACCUGCGCCUGGAGACGACGGACUGAUUGAUGUCGAAAUUGGUUUCGAUGACGAUGGUUAUCUUGAGUGGAUUGAUGAUGGAGACAAUGAUCAAUCUGGCACUCUCCAGGGCGCCGACGUUGACCAACGCUUGUCGUCUUACCAACGCCCCAGCAAGUUCUCCCCUACGAGUAAGCCUGGUAUUUUUCUGGGUUAUCAUUUUGAGAACGGGGGCAAGUGGGACGGUGACUACAUUGUCGCCGAUUUGGAAGACUUCAAACGCGAUGCAUUGCGUGCGAGCGUCCAUCAAGUCAAGAAGAUAUAUUGUUCACCCAAGGAGCGAUGGACGUUCCCGAUGCUCGCCGUGUACGACAAGCAGACUCGAUCAAUGUGCAUCAACGAUCCUGCGAUGAAAUCCUGUGCGCCUCAGUCAAGUGAGCGCCUUGACGCCUCUGAUAUGCUCGAACUCGAAGAUAUCGAUGAAAUAUUUGCCCUCGACGAGCCGACCCGAAUGACCGAAGAAGAUGUUCGGCGGGCUCGUGAGGCCGAGUUACGAGCCGAAUCUUCUCAUGGAGGAGGUGUCGACUACUGGGAUUAUGAUCCAUCGAGUCAUAAGUGGACUUAUCACGUAGUCGUCCCGAGAAAGGCGAUGAUUCAUCCCAGUAAGACUCCCGGAUCUAUUGGCGAAUCGCCUGAUCCGUGGAAGCUGAGCACAGUGCGUAUUUCGCAUGUUCAGUAUAAGGAUAAAGGCCCGGUUACGAUCUAUGAAACCGGCUAUGCCUUCGGCAAGACGAGACUCAUGCAACUCUGGACAGGCACUGUCGAAUUCUUUGAUGAUGGCUUUGCCCCAUCCAAGAAGAAGAAGUUACCUCCUUACCAUGGGUCGGAGAUCCUGGAGGGCGAGGGGGGUUUGCCUUAUCGUCAGAGUGUGCCGCGCUCCGAGCGUAUCUACAGAGGGUCUCGAAAGCCGAACUCUAUCGACUCAGAAUCCUGGCGCAGCAUGAAUCGCGCCGAACGGGAGGGAUAUGUCGAGGCUGAGCGCCGAGAAGCUGAGUCUCAUGCCAUGUCCCGAGAGGAUUCUCGCGAUGCUGCUCCUGUCGACAUGGCUUUCGACUCCGAAUAUGAGUCGGGUGCUGAACGACAUGAUAAGGAUUACUGGUAUCACGAUGUCGCAGCUGGCACGAUCACCCGAUUUCAUGUGAUCGAGCGCCGAGCGCGCUUUAAUCCAACCUCAGUGAAGGACUGUCCCGUCGAUCCUGCGACCUUGACUGAUGUCAGGGUGACUAUGGCCAUGACCGAUGGCACGGAGUUUACAUUCCAGGAUUCAUGGCGAUCAUCCGAUGUGCGAUCUCUACCAUGUCGAUGGACAGGAAAGACCGUUUUCGUUAUCGGUUCUUCUGCUAAAACACAGAUCAGGGUUCGCACCAGUCUGCCGAAUAAGGACGGCACAGAGCGCCGAGUGCAAACGGCGAAUGGCUAUUAUGGCCACGCCUUGCGCGCGAAGGGACGUGUUGUCGUCCCUGCCAAGUCCCGCGCCUGUGUUGUUACCGACCUUGAGUUUGAACCCCCAAGCAGUAUGUCGGCCCGCCUUCAGCCGCUCCGCGGUAGUGGCCUCGAUAUUUGUCCGGCCAUGUACACGUAUAACGAGGGGGCAACCCAAUCAGGGGUCGACGUCCUUAAUCCUACCGACACCGACCUUAUUGUCGAGCCAGGACAGGACGUGGCAGUGGUUCAGUUCUACACUUCUGUGCUAGCCGCGGUUGAACUUGAUUUCACGGAUGAGGAUGCCGGGGAUGGUCUAUCUGCCCCGGUAGAGCCCUCCAACGCUUGUGUGGCUACCGAUGCAGAACCCAAGAAGGCAUUUCCCGAGCUCACUUUUGGCGAUCGUGACACUACUGUCGCGCAGGGCUCUGUCGGUCCUCGCGAAAUCCGAAUGAUCAAGUACGAUAUGCGAUCGUUCAUGGAGCAAUGUGUCUCUCGCUACGUUGAGCUCUGUGGUCCUAAAUACAAAGCCACCUUGCGGUCGGCUGACACGCCGUUCCUCGAUGAGUCGCGACCGGAGUUCGAUACUAAUCCGGAUCGUCCCGAGGUGAACCGCUUGUUGGGCCAUCCCAUCGAUACGCCUGUGCCUCCUGGUAAGGGCGUUCUUGGUGACUGCGCUGCUGCUGUCCUGAUGAAAAUCUUGUAUGGUGCUCGCAUGGGACGAUACGAUCUCAUCCGCCCCGUGCAGGCACUUGCUAGUCUCAUCACCAAGUGGGAUGGUUUGUGUGACAAGAAGCUUCAUCGUUUGGUGUGUUAUAUCAAUUCCACCCUCGAUCUCAAUUUGUAUGGUUGGAUUGGUGAUGCGCCCGAGAUGUUGGAGCUUGUGCUCUAUUGCGAUGCUGAUCUUGCGGGCGACCGCACUGAUUCCAAGAGCACUUCUGGCGUCUUCAUGUGUCUUCUUGGCCCGCGUAGCUUUAUGCCUCUUAAUGCGCUGUCCAAGAAGCAGACCUCUGUGUCGAAGUCUACUCCCGAAGCCGAAAUUGUCUCUCUUGAUCACGCGGUCUAUAAACUGGGACUGCCCGCUCUCUCCAUGUGGGAGUAUAUGUUGGGCCGCCGUUUCCGUUUCGGGGUAAUGGAAGACAAUGAAGCUGCCAUCCGUGUCAUUAUCACUGGUCACAAUCCUAAUAUGCGUCAUAUGUCUCGUACCCAGCGUAUCGAUAUUUCUGCGUUGAAUGAACGCUACCACGCUGGUGACUUUAUGUUCGUGACGUGUCCCUCUCAGUUUGAGGCUGGUGAUAUCCUGACCAAGGCCUGCACUGAUGCUAAAGUGUGGGGAAAGAACAAGCAGCCACCGAAGAAGGCUGCUGCCAAGACACCGGCUGCCCGAUCACCUCAGCCGAAGUCUCCCUCGCCUUGCGUGGAAGGCCUUCCGAGCGGUCCGAUUGCGCCGACUACGGAAAGGCCUCCUGCUCCGCCGAUCCCCACGGAGCAGGCUGAUUCCAACAUAACCGCCGAUGAAGCCCCAGUCCCGAUUCAGACCCCGAGAGAUGAGUCUACUGGGGGUGGGAAGCGCUCCGAGGACGUUCCGAUAGGAUUGAGGAUGAAAGCAAUGAUGCUGAAGAUCGGGGUCCAAGAGAUCCCACAGGCCUCAAUCUGGCAGCGCCUCGAACAGCUGGCAUGCAACUCUGGUUUCGACCAAAGGCUGCAUCAGCUGGUUGACUCCUUCCUCCUCUCUAAUCAUCCGCUUGCGGAUAAGCAGAGGAAGCAGUACCCCCGAGAGUUUAUGGACUUCAUCGACCGAUACAGGGUGAUGUGCGCUCUUGCAUUUUCCCGAGUGGCGACGUUGUCUGGUGAUGCCGCAGGGGUCCGCGAGAAAAUGGACCUUACGAUGGCACUGGCUCGCCACUGUAUGCACUUUCAAGCGCACACCUUUAAGGGAUCUCGAGAGACACUGAGCAACGAUACGCUCCGUCUCAUGGGAACCUGUUACAUUCCGUCGCCUCUUGCGAGCUGGAACCGAAAUCUCAUGGGAUUCAGCAGUUCGUCUGCGGAACAGCGAUGGUUGAGGACCGAUACGAGUAUCAAACACAACGACCUCACCAAGCUGUCGCCCAUUGAGUUGUCAAGGGAUGCGGUCAACCCGGCUGAAGCCGCGAAGUUCUUCAAGGGAUUUCUGCAGCUCAGGCCGACACUUUCUUUCAUCCCUGGAGCGUUUCUGGCAAUCAAGGCCCUUAACCGAUUUCCCACGCUGGAUUCUCUGAAAGAGCAAGCGACUCAUCUCGAGAAUGAUCGCAAGGAACACGGCUACGAUCUUCCUGCCGUGGAUGCGAACGGGAUUGGUGAAGUGGCCGCCUUUCGCAACGAAGACGACGAUGAAAAUAACCCGCUGAUGCGCGGGUGGGUCUCGUUCAUGAAGGCGAUGGCUGAGGCCUACCCCGGGCGAUGCGUCAGCAUCGAUGAUACGCUCAACUGGGGAGCCAGCACCCAAAUGACCUACGAGGACGGUGCGUCACAGAUCACCAUCCGCCCGACUGACGGAUGGGUGUAUGUCCCAGCGAUGAAUUCGGACAUAUACGAUCCUCAGGAAACGUUCCUUCACGGAACGAAUCUCCGAUACCUCUGGUCGAUCCUUGCACACGGAGGUCUAUUCGGGGAGGAUUACGUGACGGACGAUCAUGGAAGUCACGAACCCUGCGUCUGGGUGACUGGACACGCCUCCGAGGCUGCUGGUAGCUAUGCAUCUGGCACGUACCUCGGCGGAGGCUACUGGUUCCAAGUGAUGAUCUGCGUCUCCCGAACUAUGGUGAACAGCCACAGUCGCACGACAAAGAAGCUGGGGGGAUCCCAGAAGCAGAUCCGCGUAGGAACUCGAUUUCUCGAGCUGUGCGGAAUCGCGUUCAGGCCCUUCCGCCUCUUGGAUGACCGCGAGCAAGGGGUUUCCCCGAACUACGUCGUCCACGGACACCGAUUCCUCAGUGCCGAUGGGAUGAAGGCUGUGGCUUGGCACCCGUGGAUGGAAGCGAGCCCGAUCGAUCCUCGCAUCCUGAAGCUGCUGGGAGACAGUGUCGCGCGCGACAAUGUCGAGUUUGCCGACCUCACGAUUCAGGGGGGCAACACUACCCAACAGGCUGCAUCUACCGAGCCAGAGCAGCCUGUAGCAACCGCGGCUGAUGAUCAGGCUGCGGCAGGUGGUAGUGAGGCAACGGAGCGAAUCACCGUCAACCCAGUAGUGCUUCGACGCAAUCACUGGAUGCCCGACACUUACGGGACGAGCGAGCAAGCCACUGUCGGUGGCAGGUGUGCAUUGCUAUCCGAGCUCCAGUCCUCUAGCUACCGAAUCGAGCUUGCUCCUUUCUUCCAGUAUCGUGCACCCAUCCUGGGAGAGGAAGGCAGCCAAGGUUUGCCAAAGUAUAGAAAGCUCGAGACAAUUGCCGGAGGACCCUCCAAAGAGUGGGAGGCAUGGUGCAGGCACUACCGAAAGGCAUACGGUGCUCUGCUCGGCAACUUCGGCUACACGCCCGCCAAGAAUAUCAAGGGUAUCGGUAUCGUAUACGAUGAAGAAAAUACGACGGAUAUCAUUGGCGCGCCUGUUUGGAGCCCAGCCGAUGCUCUUGUGGCUGUCUCGAUUCACGGGAUCAGAACGGUCACGACCAUGGCCUCCACGAUUGCAUUUGGAGGUGCUCCGCCAACGAUCAAGCCGGCGGUACCCAGCAAGCCGCAGAGAUUCGUUGUCAUGCACGAUGGCCUGCUAACCUUCAGAUCUGCCAAAUCCUGGCACGAUGGUGAGAUGAACACCCAUCUGAAGAACGCGCUGGCAAGCUUUGGAUUCCCUGAGUCCGAAGUUCGAGUGCAGGCGUUUGAUGAGAGCGAAAAGCUCAAGGAGAUGGUAGAUACGCUCGAACUGAUGCGGAGCGACCCAUCUGUCCCGCCAUCGAACGUGCACAUCCUCAUCCUCUGGAAAGGAGAUGAGAUGUGGAAGAUGGACCAGGGCUGGAAUAAGCUGACUGGUGACAUCGAUACGGCACGAUCACAAUACGCCAAAUUGACCGCCCGGGAUGCCCUUGAGAAGUAUAACACGAUCUACGGAUCGGUGUCCCUUUGCGGACCAGUGUCACCGAGCAUGGGUUACCUUCCGACUCUUCCUGGCCCUCUCUUCGAGAAAUACAGAGAGGAGAUGAGGUCGAUCUGGGACGAAAUCAGGAGGUCCAACUUCCUCUCCCUGUCGUUUGACGCUAUCCUGGAAGGACUACCAUACCUGAAAGGAUAUCACAUCAUGCAUGAGUCCAAGACGAUUGGGGUCCUGUGUACCCGUAUCUGCUCGAUGUUCACACUUGCGGCUCUCGCACGAUUUCCGUCUUACGCUACCCGACGGGAGUAUCAGAUUGCCCACGAUAAAAUGUGGGCGCGCGCUCCAGUCCCGGAAGAAAGGUCGACGGGCACGGUGAAGGCCAUUGUGCACUCCACAGUGCAGGACCUUAUCGAAGGGGCAGAUCGCGGCGCCGAUCAUCGAGCCGCAAAGACCGUUGGCAUGAGUCAGCUUGGCUUCGAUGACGACGAUGAUGAAGAUAUGGUCGACGAUGCAGGUCCGACUGCUCCCGAGAAUCCGAUCAAACAGGAACAGACGACUUUGGCUGAUCUGCCGGGUGUUCGUCAUCCGGAUCCGAUUGAGCUGCCCACUACUCCUGUGCCUGGCCAGGCAAUGCCAGUGUCGCCCGGCCUUGCUCCGGCUGCUACGAACGAUGAAGAGUCUAGCAAUAGCUCCGAUGACGCCGGACAGCAAGGGGAUGGCGAUGCAGCGAUGCCCGAGAUCAAGAAGGAGGAAUCCGAUGAGGAGUUCAAUGAGCUUCUCGAAGGAAUGACUGAAGCAUUCGGGAAGUUGCCUACUCCCCGGGAUGCAGAGCGAACAGUCGCAGCCAAUCGGGACGCUGCACGACCGCCUGCCGUGCCGACGAUCCCUCUAUCUACGAUGAAGAAGCCAAAGCCGAUCGGUGGUGUGGAAGCCGCGGGACCCACUGCCGAGAGUCGCCAAGGUUAUGCGCACUUCGAGAGCCAAGUCAGUGAAAUUGAGGCUCGCCGUGAACAGGCUGCGAAGAUGAAGGCGCAUAUCGCGGAAGUGGCGAAGGGCGCCACAGGAGUUGAGAAUGCCGAACACCUUCGAUCCAUUGCCGAUGGGCUAGCCAAGAUCAUGGAUCCGAACAUGAGCGAUGACAAUGUGUUCCAGGGUGCCAUGUAUCCUCCGGGUGACUAUGCGCUUGAUGCUGUCACGAACCGGUUGGCCCAAGGCAGGCGUCGGGUCGAGUCGAACAGCAAUCUCAUCAGGGAAAUGGCCAGCGACCGAUUUACGCCUGUGCUCAUCAACCGAGAUACUGGUGAGACCGUGUCCGCCAUUGAUGCACGGUGGACCCCGGAGUAUGGAAACAGGGGGGAGCUUGAAGCCAAGGUUGGUGCGAUUAUCUCCAACCUGGAUGCAGUGGUUGCAAGCAUGUCAACCCUCCCUGUGUUCCAUCCGCACAUUCCCUCGACGUACGGUAUGGCCCGAUCGCUUCUCAACACAUACCAGUCAUUGCAGAUUGCCAUCCGACACCGUGGCAUGGGUGCGAUGUCUUUUGAACAGAUGGUGUUCAAGCCGGAGGACCUUGAGGUUCCGACUCCCGAUGACUGGCCGGACCUCAUUGCGCCUACCCGGGUGGCCCUGGUGAAUAACACAGCGGCGAGGUUGACGAGAGAGGACCUCAAGCUGCCACCGGGCUUCGCCAUGCAGCGACGAGUGACUGAGUUCCGUAGGCCGGAGGAAGACCCGGUGCAGAGCCUAAUGGGGCUCACCGAUGACUUGAGCUACGGCACUACCGGUCGAUCUGGGGAUGACAGGUUGUCCCAGUUCCAACGCAGUGUUGCAGUACAGCUGCGGAACACUGCAGGAUUCAUUGCGAGUGAGUUCCAGAAGCAUGCCCGAUCUAUUGCCGCUUCCUCCUCGCGUCGCAGUGAUGCCUCAGGUGCCCUGAGUAGUCAGGGUGAAGGCGCGGCGGACAACGAUCUUCCGUCCACCGAACAGGUUAGUGUGACAUCGGAGCGCGCGACUACGCCGCCUCCGCCAAACGUGGCUCCUCCUCCUCCGCCUACAGCGGCAGCACCUCCGAGGGCGUCCGAAGAGAGUGCAAAGGAGGAUGACGAUGAUACCAAAAUGGAUGAUGACACGGCCGAUCAGAAGCCUGAGCAGAAACACGAGGAGGACGUGGAUAUGGGUAGCGGGAAGGAGCUGCAAGACGAGGUCCCCGGCAAGGCCCCGCCGCCAGCUGCCCGAACCGCUGAGAACCCUCCGGAACACGGCGUGCGUUCCAGUUCUCCGAAUGUUAUGGUUGCUCAGGGAGCCGUGCUCUCCGGUGCUCGAGGGCCGGAUAUCGACAUUGACCCGACCAGUACCACAGCCGAUCAGGCGGCAAAUGAUCCGAGAAACUUCCGGAUCGAGGGCCCUGGUAUCAAGGCGACAACGAUUCAUCGCCCUGACCAGAUGCCUGAAAGGGGUAUCGACUCCAUUGCGCCGAUCGUGCAGUAUGAAAUGACGUCCGUCCCGAUUGCACUGACGGACUUCGUCAUCCCGGGACUCGACAUGGGCAUCGAUGAUUCCGUCCAUGGUCGACUGGUCUCCGCGACCUGUCUCCCACCGACUGACGAACAGCGCAAGUAUUCGAGGCGCCGAUUCGCUAUGCUAUCCUCGAAUCAGACAGUGUACUUGAACGUGGCACUUCACAAGAAACCGGUCAAAGGAGAUCACGAUUCUUUCCUCCGACCGGAGUCUUACGAGGACUGCCGCGAGAUUAAUGACGCUGUCCGGCAUACAAUGCUAAGGAUUCCGGACGCAGGAAUGAUCAAUUUGGUGCGGAAACUGAUGUUCCGAGUGCUGACGCAAACGAAGGAGUACCCUUCCGCUACUGCCGUGAGAGCGCAGAAUCGCCCCCAGGAUCAAGAAAGGGGCAUUCCCUUGUAUUCACACUUCGACCAGAGUGGCAUCAUCGCUUCCGAUGUCAUUCCGAUGUACAUGGAGCGUGAGAGGGAAUACAUGAAGGCCAACGCCGGAGAAAACGAUGGUCGAAUUCUUCUCCAGACAAAUAUUCUGGAUGAUCACGGUGAACCGACCGAGCUUACUACCCAAUGCAUUAUGGAGAUCGCUCGGACGGACAACAACCGAAUGUUUGAGUUCUUCUACUCGACGAUCGACAACGAUGGAAGUCCUCAAUUUGUUGGCAUCCGAGCCACCUACGGUUUCGGCCCUGAUAACUUCAGCCGAUUCCGACUGCUGACCAAGUGUCAGCACGGGCCAUUUAUUCAGCUCGCUCAGGAUCUUUACGUCGGUGGCGAGAGGAAAAGAAAUGUGGCCCGAUACCAUCCUCAGUACGGAUGGGGAUGCGCAACGAUUCGCGAAUUCUUCGGGUACAUGAGCGAUUGCAAGAUCAAUCCUCCGAAGGGACGGCUGUUCCUCACUCUGCUCCCGUAUGCUCCCGGAUCUGGGCACAACAAUGAGUGGGAAGAGGUGUACAUGAACGUCCGAAUGAACCCGGGGCGUGAGACGCUUUCGAACACCGCGUCAUCACAAUCCAUGCUCCCUGAAGGGAUGGGAUCCAACCGCAUGAUCGUGUUUGCGAUUGAUUUGCACAUGAUUGCGGCGGGAAUCAAUCCGAUUGUAUUCCACCCGAGGGGAUAUUAUGCGGUCAAAGACAGUAUCCCUCUCGCCUGUAUGCCCAUUGCAUACUUCAUGGACACGGGAUCCCUAGUGUUCAACACGGCCUUCAAAUACACUGGAGGUCCGAAGUUUGGCACUGGCCCCAAGAGAGGAGACCACAAACGAGAAACGUGGCCACUCGCUAGUUUUGACUGCCCCAUGUGCGGAGCAUCAUUCCCGGUAGGUCUCCACAUGUGCCACUCUUGCACCAAGCCGAUUCACUAUCCUGAUGGGAUGUUCUACGCCGAUCCUGUGAACCCCUUUCAGAUCGAGUACUAUGGAAGUCAUGCCAAUUGGCUCAACGAGCUCAUCGAGCGAAACGAGCUUAAGGAAUUCCGACUUCACGAGUACCCUGCGAUCAAGCAGCUGAGGAAUUUCCCGGUGUCUAGGUCCCUCGCUGAGGACCACAGGCAAACCGCAUUCUUCGGAGUGCCACCGAUCAAAUGCACUGCAGCUGAUACAUCGCCGAAAGAAGUGGAAUCGUUCAAGAAGAGCGUGCGCGGAACGAUUCAAGGCGCCAUUCGAUUGGACAUUUCCAUUGAGAGGCUUGUUGCCGGUAUCACUGGCAAGGAAGCUCGGUGCGGUGUGGAAGAGUUCCUCAACUCGCAAUCGAUCGGGGGGACGAUCGAUUAUACCGUCGAUUCAGACAUGGUCGAGAAAAUCCGGCUUGCGCAUCUGCCAUUGCAGAACGCCAAUCUGGCGAUGAGACGGCAAAUUCGACUUUCCACCGAGUUUGGAACAUUGGAUGAGUUCCGCGCCACUAUCACGGACACGCAGAAGUAUCAGCGAUACAUGCGUGUCGAUAGUGAAAGCCUUUCCACGCUCCUUGCCAAAGUUACCCUUACAACGUGCUACGGCAUUCCGAUGAAAGGUGAACCUGGCUACAUCUCCGACGAUGAAGCAGAGGAGAUCGAAGGAACUGCAGCGGCAACUGAGAAGCCCAAAGGGAAAGGCAAAGGGGAAGAAGAACCCGACGUCCAAGCCAUCAACUGGCGUGAUUUGGACCCUUUGGGGCGGAAGUUCAUCCCGCACCAUACUGAUCCCCGAUUCACGAUUAUCGCUGAGGGGAAUACGGCACUCCUUGAUGCCCCUGAAACGCCUGAUGAGACGCGUAAGGAAUUCAAGGAGUUCAUUCGCGAUCACUCUGCCAAGAUAAAGGAAUGGUUCGACGAUGAUCGCGCGACUGAGAAGACGUUCUUCACUCUUGUUGAAGGCGUAAAGGAUCAGCUCCCCGAUACUAAGAGAACUGACCCUGUUCUUAUGAAAAAGAACGAAGAUGUCUUCGAGGCUCUACCCGAUGAACUGGAAGAGCCUCAAGGACUGUUUGACGUCGCAGCUCGGCAGGCACGACGGCGUGAUGAUACGCCUCAGCGCAGAGUGCAGGCCACCGAGCAACGGCAAGCGUCGAUUCCCGAGGCUCAUGCCGUCCCCGUUCCUCCGGAUGAUGAGGACGAGGAUGAUGCUGAGCUAGAACGGGCGAUCCGACCCGGACCGACGUCACAACGCACUGGACGAGAGCAUCUCGGAGGUGUCGCUCCUGAGACGACUCCGCCCCCGCCUCUCGAGAUGCCGCCUCCAUCAAAUCCACCGAGUCGGAAGAUGUCGAGGCAAUCGGGCUACAAUGUCCCCCACGCUGAAGGGGAGACACUGAUGGUCUCAGGAAGGGCACCCUACUCCGAUCAAAUGGGUCUACCCUUGGUGCUGCGAAUGAAGACCCGGGUUCCGGAAUCUGAUUUGGACAACCCGACGAUUGAAGAUAUUAUUCGCAUGUAUCACGCACCGAACACGCUGCCUGUUGUCAGGAAGAAAGCCGCCAAUGUCAUCGUUUCGAUGAAUGCAAAUCCCGAUGACCCUAUCAACAUGAAGGCGGCUGGCGUGAUUGCUCCCUCUGCCGAGGAAACAGGUUUCGGCAUGAUCUUGAAUGUGGGUCUGAGAACGCUCCUUGAUGCUGGAGACCAGCCAAAUGUUCGCUACCCCACACAAGAGCACGUUCGGCUGGCAGGGGGACGAGUUUUUGAGAAAUCAACAGAGACUGAGAACGUGGAUAUUUUCAUCAGUCACUCAUGGAGCGCGGGGACACGGCCAAAGUUCCUGGCGCUGUGCUUAUACUUCAAUCUGGGUGUAGCAGUGAAAUGCUCUAUUGCUACGUGGUUCGCAGUGGUGGUCUUACUGGUCUCAUGCUUCGGUCUCACCGGACUGGGUGGGAGCUAUUUGGCCCUACCAUGUCUUGUAUAUCUACCGCUGGCAACAUUCCUCGUUGUCUUCAUCUUUGCGCAGCAGCUUUUCGGUGGCUUUUCCUGGUUUGGAGGCCAGUCUGUUUGGCUAGAUAUACUUUGCGUUCAUCAGACAGACAUGGCGCGGAAGGCAGAACAGAUAGCAGCACUCCCGACCUUCGUGGCGCAUUCCUCGCGCAUGCUCAUCCUCUGGGACGAUACUUACUUUUCCCGUCUCUGGUGCAACCUUGAGCUUGCGACCUUUGUGCGCCGCUGCGGAGCCGAGAAGUUGGACUUUGUUCCUUUGUGGCUCGCUCCGUGGCUGCUACUCUCUGUCCUGUUGGAUCUGAUGACCGCGAGCAUCUUGGAGCUCUUGGAGCACGUUUUUCCGAGCUGGAGUGCUACAUGGGCGAGUCACAUCACGCUUCACAUAGAGUCGGUGCUGGGCAAGAACCCCGCGAUGCUCACAUUUGCCACCAUGUUCAUUAUCUGGAUGAUCUCCGGCACUAUCUAUCUGCCAGUCUCCAUGCCUAGCUUCUUCUCCUUCCGCACGAAGCUUCGAGGGCACAAAGCCAUGCUGGACCAGAUGGCCACGUUCGAUGUGCGCGCUGCGGAGUGCACCCUUUCGUCAGAUCGCGAUGUCAUAGAGCAUCAGGUGAAAGAUCUCUUCAGCGAUGUGCCUGCUAAAAUCCUGUCGUCUGAUUCCGACGACACUGGUGAGAUCUACAUUCCCAGGUUUAUGCCACCCGACUCGCCUUCCUCUGCGUGCUAUGAUCCCUUAGACCGCUUCAAUGAUUACGUCCGGGGAACCGUACGCAAGUUUGUGAUGGCCCAGAUCGGCGAUGAGCUCCACGUGCCUUUUCCAAUGUGUCUAGCGGCUUCGCUACCCAUGAUUUUUUACAGCUCUGUGAGUGUCUUGGCUUGCGAGAAUGGGCCGUGUGAGCAGACUGCACGCCUGUCCGGGUGCGGCUCUGUUGCCGAAUACAUGGCUCUCCAAGCUGGUGGAUGGGCUCUUUGCAUCCUCACAGCUUUUCCGCUCACCUUUCCGGUCCUCCUGCGCAUGAUCAAGUUCGUUUUGUCUUAUGGUGAGGGCCCCCUUCAGCUUGUUCUUGCCUUUCUUUGCUGCCCGAUCGCUUAUGCGUAUAGCUCCUUCUGUGGCGGACUAGCAUGGUCCUCCCUCAUCUCACUUGCAUUAUUCUACUCUCCAACUCAGCUAGCUAUCUUCUGUCUCACCAUACUUUUCCUUGUGGCGCAAGUAAUACUCCUGUUUUCUUGGCGCAACUGGCAUGACGUUGAGUCGGAUGCCAUGGACUGCCGCUGCCUUAGGCGUGAGCAGGCUGUGUAUUGCGGGCUUCGAAACUAA